AUGUGGCAAUUUAGGUCGAACCUGCGUCUUCUUCUUGGUGACCAAAUCUCCAAUUCAUCUUCUCUGAAUUCAAACACCACAACAUCAUCUCAAGAAUUAGCAGAGAAAUUUCCUUCAUAUAUUGAAAAUGUUUCAUCCAUUGCCAAUUCUUGUUUCUUUUUAAUUGUAUUUUCCAUCUUGAUGUCAGGAAUUGCAAUUUUCAUUUACAAAACUCGUCAUGUCAUGAAACGGAAUCAUAAAAUUUUGUUUGUUUGGAUGUCCAUCUUUGUUGUAGUUCAAUCGUUGGGUUUGAUUUUUCGUUUGGUUUAUAAUGGAAUUGGUUUGAAAAUUAAUUCAUUUCAAGAUUUGACAACAAUUCAGAAUUUGAAUGAAAUGGAAAUUGCCAUGUGGGUAUUUUCAACGUUGGAAGUUAGUAUGGUCUAUUCCCAAAUUGCAACCAUUAUUAUGAUCAUGGCAUUUAUCAUUCUUGUGUUUUUAAAGACGAUGAGAUUGUCAGGUACCAUGUCCAAACAAACAUACACCAAAUUAUGGAGAGUAAUUACGUCUAUAACCAUCAUUUGUGAAAUUGUUUUCAUUGGUCUCGUGUUUACAAUGACUAUCACUGAUUUGUUGAUGAAAAUGCCUUAUUUUGAUUUUGAUGUCAUUGCCAUCUAUUCUCUGGUAUUCACUAUUUAUAUAGUGGUCAUGGUGUUGGAGACUGUGAUGUUUACUGUGUUGGGAAUUCGAUUAUUGUACAUUGUCAAACAUCGUUCUCUCCAAAACAAAACUGUCACUAAUCAUCCACCUUAUGGAAAAAUAUUGGUCUCAUCUUUGGAAUGA